GCUCCCCGAGCCCCGGCAGACGCGUGAGCAGCCGCCCCGAGACCGGCCCCAGGCCUGCAGAGAUGUCGCGCCCACUGACCGACCAGGAGAAGAGGAAGCAGAUCAGCAUCCGUGGCAUCGUGGGGGUAGAGAAUGUGGCCGAGCUGAAGAAGGGCUUCAACCGGCACCUGCACUUCACCCUGGUCAAGGACCGCAAUGUGGCCACCACCCGUGACUACUACUUCGCCCUGGCGCACACCGUGCGCGACCACUUGGUGGGCAGGUGGAUCCGCACCCAGCAGUACUACUACGAGAAGGACCCCAAGAGAGUUUACUAUCUCUCUCUAGAAUUUUAUAUGGGCCGUACCUUACAGAACACCAUGAUAAACCUUGGAUUGCAGAAUGCUUGUGAUGAGGCAAUUUAUCAGCUAGGGCUGGAUAUAGAAGAGCUGGAGGACAUUGAAGAGGAUGCUGGCCUUGGCAACGGAGGUCUUGGAAGACUGGCUGCGUGCUUCCUAGACUCAAUGGCGACACUUGGGCUUGCUGCAUACGGGUAUGGCAUCCGAUACGAAUAUGGAAUCUUCAACCAGAAGAUCCGAGAUGGAUGGCAGGUGGAAGAAGCCGACGACUGGCUUAGACACGGCAACCCCUGGGAGAAAGCCCGUCCCGAGUACAUGCUGCCUGUCCACUUUUAUGGAAGAGUGGAACACACCAAGAGUGGACUGAAGUGGGUCGAUACGCAGGUGGUCCUUGCCUUGCCCUACGAUACCCCUGUGCCUGGAUAUAUGAAUAACACCGUCAACACCAUGAGGCUGUGGUCUGCUCGGGCACCUAAUGACUUCAACCUCCGAGACUUUAACGUUGGAGAUUACAUUCAAGCCGUCUUGGAUAGAAAUUUGGCUGAGAACAUAUCACGUGUCCUCUAUCCGAACGAUAACUUUUUCGAAGGCAAAGAGUUGCGACUGAAGCAGGAGUACUUUGUUGUGGCUGCCACCCUCCAGGAUAUCAUCCGACGUUUCAAAGCAUCCAAAUUUGGAAGCACGGAAAGCGUUCGAACUAUGUUUGAUUCUUUUCCAGAUCAGGUAGCGAUACAGCUGAAUGACACUCAUCCUGCACUGGCCAUUCCCGAAUUGAUGAGGGUUUUUGUGGACAUUGAAAAACUGCCAUGGACUAAGGCCUGGGAUAUUACCAAGCAGACCUUCGCCUACACAAACCACACGGUGCUCCCUGAAGCUCUAGAGCGCUGGCCGGUCGACCUUGUGGAGAAGCUGCUGCCGAGACAUCUGCAAAUAAUUUACGAAAUAAACCAGAGGCAUCUGGACAAAGUCACAGCCCUGUUUCCUAAUGAUCUUGACCGUCUGAGAAGAAUGUCCCUGAUCGAGGAAGGAGGAGUCAAGAGAAUCAACAUGGCCCAUCUCUGCAUCAUUGGCUCGCAUGCUGUUAAUGGCGUAGCAAAGAUCCACUCGGAUAUCGUGAAGACUCAGGUAUUCAAGGACUUUGCUGACCUGGAACCAGAGAAGUUUCAGAAUAAGACCAAUGGAAUCACCCCCAGGCGCUGGCUCUUGCUUUGCAACCCAGGACUAGCAGAGCUCAUAGCAGAGAAAAUAGGAGAGGACUAUGUGAAAGAUCUAAGUCAGCUGAUAAAGCUGCAUAAGUUUGUUAAUGACGAUAUCUUCAUUCGGGAGAUUUCCAAAGUGAAACAGGAGAAUAAAGUCAAGUUUGCCCAGUUCUUGGAGAAGGAAUACAAAGUGAAGAUUAACCCUUCCUCCAUGUUUGAUGUGCAUGUGAAGAGAAUCCAUGAAUACAAGCGUCAGCUCAUGAACUGCCUGCACAUUAUCACCAUGUACAACCGCAUAAAGAGAGAUCCUAUGAAGCCAUUUGUGCCUAGGACAGUUAUUAUUGGAGGCAAAGCUGCUCCAGGAUACUACAUGGCUAAAAUGAUCAUCAGACUCAUUACAGCUGUGGGUCAUGUGGUGAACAAUGACCCUGUGGUUGGAAACAAGUUGAAAGUCAUCUUUCUGGAGAACUACCGAGUGUCCCUGGCUGAAAAAGUGAUUCCAGCAACCGACCUGUCUGAACAGAUUUCCACAGCAGGCACUGAAGCGUCUGGUACAGGAAACAUGAAAUUCAUGCUGAAUGGAGCUCUGACCAUUGGGACGAUGGAUGGAGCAAACGUUGAAAUGGCAGAGGAGGCUGGAGAAGAGAACUUGUUCAUCUUUGGGAUGAGGAUCCAGGAUGUUGAAGAGCUGGACAAGAAAGGGUACAAUGCUCAGGAAUACUAUGAGAAACUUCCUGAAUUGAAGCAGGCCAUUGAUCAGAUCAAGAGUGGCUUCUUCUCUCCAAAGCAACCUGACCUUUUCAAUGAAGUGACCAACAUGUUGUUCCACCAUGACAGGUUUAAAGUAUUUGCAGAUUAUGAGGCAUAUGUCAAAUGCCAAGACAAAGUCAGCCAGCUGUAUAUGAAUGCUAAAGAGUGGACCAAACUGGUUAUUAGAAACAUAGCUGCCUCGGGGAAGUUCUCCAGUGACAGGACCAUUAAGGAAUAUGCCCGGGACAUCUGGAAUGUGGAGCCUUCUGACCUAAAGAUUCCUCCACCUAAUGAACCAAGGGAUGUGGCUGAUAAGAAUCCCAAUUGCACAACUCAAAAGCUGAAGAUGUAGUUCUGAGAAGACUCUGCUGUGCAAGCUGUCUCUAGUAAGGAUGUGGUGUAAGCAUUGUUACAUACAUUCCCCUAACUGUUUAGUGAAUAUCUUUGUCUUUCCUAACACCUUGAAUGUUAGGAAACCUGAAUGUUAGAAUACAACUGCUUGCUUUCGGUGCUGGAAUAAAAGUGCCA